UCAGCUCUUCUCUCCUGGAGGACCUUACCUGUUCCUCGCUUCUCGUGCACGUGCAGUCCGCAGUCUCUGGUCAUCCCCUGUACUGUCCGCAGUCUCUGGUUGUCCCUGUACUGUCCGCAGUCUCUGGUCAUCCCCUGUACUGUGUCAGCAGUCUCUGGUCAUCCCCUGUACUGUGCCUGCAGUCUCUGGUCAUCUCCUGUAGUAUGUCCGCAGUCUCUGGUCAUCUCCUGUAGUAUGUCCGCAGUCUCUGGUCAUCUCCUGUACCGUGUCUACAGUCUCUGGUCAUCUCCUGUACUGUCCACACUCUCUGGUCAUCUCCUGUACUGUCCGCAGUCUCUAGUCAUCUCCUGUACUGUCCGCAGUGUCUGGUCAUCCCCUGUACUGUGUCCACAGUGUCUGGUCAUUCCCUGUACUGUCCGCAGUCUCUGGUCAUCCCCUGUACUGUCCGCAGUCUCUGGUCAUCCCCUGUACUGUCCAUAGUCUCUGGUCAUCUCCUG